AUGGACUUUUAAAAGGAAGCCGAUAAUAUUUAAGAGGAAUAAGAAUCAGAUAAUCUGAGAAUUGAAGAUCAAAAUCAAAGUAAUAAAGAUGCUCAAACUCAGGAUGGAAAUCAAAUAAUAAAACUGGAUGUAUGACUAUAUGAUAAUUUUAGAUCAAUAAAAGGAAUAUUGAAUAGGAAUUAGAAGCCGCUAAUAAAAAAAGAGAUCAAAUGUAUUAAUUUGAGUUGAGCGCUGUUCCUAUUAUGAAUUCAGAUAAAAUUCAAGGUAAUUUUGAAAAAUGUGGACUUUAUGAGGAUAAUGACUAAUAGUAAUUUUAUCAAGUAGUUUUGUUUUACCUUAAGCUUUGUGAAUAUGUUUUUGAGGAAUAACAAUAUCAGUCAUAUUUUUAAGUUUUUAAAUAGUGUUUUGAAAUCCUAAUUUUACAAAUCGAAGAAAUCGAAGAAAUCUAUAUUAAUUUAUUAAAUUUGGCAAUUGUUAUGAAAUUGAAUUUUGAAAAGCUUCCAAAAACUAUAAACUAAAAUCUGAUAUACUAGUUGUAUAAUAAAUAUAAAGAUCGAAUAAAGGAAGUAUUAAACUGUAACUACGAAGAGAGAGAAACAAUAAGAGAUAUGAACAAUUGUUAGAAGUUUGAGUUUAUAAAUAGAUUCAAGUAGAACUAGGAAAAACCAUCAAAAAUAAGAAACAAAAAAUUGUUGGGAAUUGAUGAUAGCAUUAAUGUCCUAUAGCUAUUCAAUAUUUUUUGUAAUGUCGAAAAACUAAACUAAAACUUCUAUUUUAUACUUGAUAAAUGUAAUGAAGUAUAAAAUAAAUUGAAACAAAUAAUUUAAAAAGAAAAAGAAGAUAAAACGUAUAAAAAGAAACUAAAGAAAUUUUUUAAUAAAAAAUUGGUUGAAGGAUUUAUGAAAAAAUAAUAUCAGAAUCCAAUAUACAACAUAGUAUAUAAGUAUUUAGUAAAAAGUAAGAGUUAAAAUUCCGUUCUAAUUUUAUGGAACCUUUUUGUAGAAAAAAAAUAUAAUUGGAUCAAUCUACUUGAUUUCAAAAAUAAAGAUUAUGAGACAUUAUUUACAUAAAUUACAAAAUUCAUCGAUUAUGAAAACAUACAAAGCAUUCUUCCAGAUGACUGCAAAUAAUAUUUUAAAAAACAGACGUAUAGGAAAUUUGAUUUUCUAGAAUUAUUGAUACAACUUUUAUCUAUUUUUCAAAUUAUAAAAAUAUACCCUCAUAGAUAAGAAGAAUUAUACAAUAUUAUAGAAGAGAUAUGUUUUAUGAAAAGAAAACGAUAUUUAUAAAAGAAACAAAUUGUUUUUUCUGGCAAGGACUUUAAAAUAUUGAUCUCAUCAUCUGUUGCAAAAGUUGAGGUAGAGAAUGCAAUCGAUGAAAUUCUUCGUGACCCUCAAAAAUUCAUUGAAGAAGCAGAGUUCAAAAAUAAUUCAUUUAAAAUUAAAAAAUUUUUGAAAAAAUUGAAAAAAAAAACAACCAAUGCUUAAAAUUGA